CAGGUAACCCGUCAGCCGAGAAGACGCGUGACAAACUGGAAAGAGGUAGUCAAACACAAAACACUGCCAACAUAAAACCUAGGUUUCAUUUUCUUUUCUGAGCUGACUGCUGGAACAACAAUGACGGAACAACAGCGGGAAGAAAAACGCUACGAUCCUAAAGACAAAACGCUGAAGUUUGUAACGCGCCAGGAUGACAUAACUGGGGAUGAUGACCCUGAGACUCGUCGUGCGGAGAUGUCAUGUGGCCAUGCAGUGACUCCACAGUCACUGACUGCAUGGUGUCGCAGUCUGCUUGACCAGGGUCAGCACAAGUUCCUGUGUCCUGCACUUAAAGAAGGCACACUACAGAGAUGCAAUGCAGAAUGGCCCUAUGCAGAAGUGCGGAGGUUGGCUGUACUGACUCAAGAAGAGCAGAGCCAUUUUGAAGAGACGAUGGCUGUCCUUGCUGCAGCUGAGUACUGCGAACACAAAACAUGUCCUGGAUGUCAGUCAUUCGUUGAGAGAGCCGACAUUACCAACCUCUGUGUCAUGUGCACGAUCUGCACGGCUGAGAAGGGUCACGCCUUUCAAUUCUGCUGGCAGUGUAUGAGGGAAUGGAAAGGCCCAGGCCCUCGAUCUGACCGCUGUGACAACCCUGGCUGCACCAAUCCAGACAUUGAAAAGUUAGCAAAAUGUCGUGAAAUAAAACUACCUGAAGUCAAAAACGUGAGCUGUCCCUCAAUGCGAGCUUGCCCCACUUGUGGCAACCUUGUGGAGCAUGACACAACAGGGUGUAAGAAUAUCAUAUGUAAUCGUUGCAGGGUAGAAUUCUGCUUCGUUUGCCUGAAAGUCACUCAAGUAUGCUUGCAAACAAGCAAUUACUUCAUUGGCUGUUCUGAUGGGGUCGCACCACGGCAGACUUCCAUUCCUUCCUGGAAUAGGAACUGAAAACCAUUGAAGAAGCCAAACAAAACGUUUUAAAAAUGUGAAAUGAUAAAAUGUCAAAAAUGUGAUGUAAGUUGCUUUGGAUAAAAGUUUCUGCCAAAAUGCAUAAACGACAUGUAGUAGGCUAUAUUAAAAUGUUAUUCCUUUUGUGUGUGAUUCUAUAUAAAAAUCAAAUAUAGUAUAAGGUGAAGGCUUUCUUUCCAUUGUUCUUAUAUUGAUUGUUUAUUUUCUUACGGCAUUUUGUAACCAUUUAAUUAUUUGUUAAGCAUAAAUGAGAGUGAAUUUGAAGAUGUUUUCAUAUUGUAAAAUGGGUUACAUGACCUCUUAAAUUUUCUUCUUCUUUUCCAGGCAUAACUUGCUCUAAUAAACAACAAUAAAAUCAGUUUGCUGAGAAA